AUGCAGUUCCCCUCUUUCGAGUGGCCGCAGCAGUCCGGCACCCCGGGGUCCCGGGAGCUGGACCUGGAGGCCCCGCGCGUCACCAAGAGGCACAGGAAGCUUCUGCUCAAGAACCCGCCCUCCGCCCAGGCCCUCGGCUCCCCCGCGGACCCGCCCAGGAGCUGGGAGCAGCUGUCUCUGAUCCAGGAGGCCCGCAAACGGCUGGUCCGGGACGUGUGCGCCAAGUACCGGAGCAGCAGCAAGCGCACGGUCACGCCCCACCACGUGUCGCGCAUCUUCGUGGAGGACCGGCACAAGCUGCUGUACUGCGAGGUGCCCAAGGCCGGCUGCUCCAACUGGAAGAGGGUCCUGAUGGUGCUGGGCGGGUCGGCGGCCUCCACCGGGGAGAUCAAGCACGACGCCGUGCACUACGGCAACCACCUGAAGCGUCUGGACGGCUUCGACCAGCGCGGCAUCGCCCAGCGCCUGCAGACCUACACCAAAGUGCUCUUCGUGCGCGAGCCCUUCCAGAGGCUGGUGUCCGCCUUCCGGGACAAGUUCGAGAACCCCAACACCUACUACCACCCGGUGUUCGGGAAGCCCAUCAUCUCCAAGUACCGCGCCAACGCCUCCCAGGCGGCCCUCAGGACCGGCGCGGGCGUGACCUUCAAGGAGUUCAUGCAGUACCUGCUGGACGUGCACCGGCCCGUGGGCAUGGACAUCCACUGGGAGCACGUCAACCAGCUGUGCAGCCCCUGCCUGCUGGACUACCACUUCAUCGGGAGGUUUGAGACCAUAGAGGAGGAGGCCAACUUCCUCCUGCAAAGGACGGGCGCCCCCAGAAACCUCACCUUCCCCCGCUUCAAGGACCGGCACCCCCAGGCCGAACGCACCUCCGCCCACAUCGCCCAGCGGUACUUUGCACAGCUCAACGCCUCCGAGAGGCAGCGGGCCUACGACUUCUACUACAUGGACUACCUGAUGUUCAACUACUCCAAGCCUUUUAAAGACCUGUACUGA